AUGGAACAUGUUGUAUUUGAGCCUGGAGGAGAGUUGUGGAAUCACAGGAACAAUCCCAUAGUGAUUGAGAAGAAAUCGGCAGCAACAACAAUUGAUUUUGGUGAUCUUUUACCCUCUGAAGCUAAAGGGAUGCACGUCUCAGCUCAGCAAGAGUUUCACUACGAAACCAAUUGGAGAAUGUUACACACUCUUUCCUGGAUCCAACAAACCAGAAAACGCAGCAAAUGGCCUCCUGAUCAUCAAGAUAUUAUCAAUUCCGCAAAACAUAUCGGUUUAGCCAAAUUCUGUGAGCUGCUUAUAUCAGAUUGGGGUGGAAGGAUACAGUUCUACUUGUGGAAACUUGGAGCAUAUGCCAGCAUACUUAUCAUCCUUGGAGAGUGCUCUGCACGUGGUAGAACCAGUUGGGGUAAUAAAGAGUUGGAAGCUGAUCAAAAUGCCUUGCUUCUUGAUCAUGUUAAGGUGUGGAAGCCACCAGAUUUGCAAAAGCUUCAAUACCAUUUCAGAGAUUGUCAAACCAAGAGUGGAGAUGGAGAUUUCACUAGAUUAAAUGGUGAAGUGAUUACUGGAAUAGGAGGAGAACUCAUGUUUUCUUCUCAAAUCAAGGAGAAACCACCAGAUGGACUCAGUCUACAUCAAUCUCCAAAUAAACCAACCCGAGGUCAAACAGUUUUGAGUGCUAUACUUUUCGAAAGGAGAGGCUAUAGUAAUGAUCAGAGUAUCAAGAAUGGAUCCUUGGCAAAGUUGGAGAUGCAACAAUCAAAUCUUGGAAGCUGUCUAGCCGCCAACUCUGACAUAGGAGCAGUCCGAGGAUCAUAUCUCAGCAACCAGAAGGAAUUAAGCAACAAACUCAACUGCAAUGGAAACUACACUCAUCAGGGUCUCACGUCGAACUGGAAUCAUGUCCAAAGCUUCUCAAAUGAAAGAGUUAUGGGUUCUACAAGACGGGUGAUUCUGUGUUUGCUUUGUCUGAACUUUUCUGAGUGUAGAACAUCUCAAUCCUAUCUAUGGCGACCAGGUGAGCAUGCUAAGGUAACUAAUCAUGUUUUCAAGAGUUCUUUUAUUGAUUACACAGAUAUGAUGCACUUGUUUUUGCCAAAAGAGUCAUGUGCAGAUUAUAUGGAAGCUUUGAAGAAUGCAAAGAGAAAGAACAAGCGUGAGGAAGACAAACGUUUCAAGCCGCCUGAUCUAAGCCAGGAGAGACAUCAGGACGUCACUUGCUUCAUCCUCAUCAAUGAAGCACCUCCAGAUGCAGCAUACAAGCCAAAACCGAGAAAAGACAACUUUGGGAUAAGACUCUUACUCUAUGAUGAUUUUGCUUGUGUUAACUUUUCUUGUUUCAAUGUAUCAGGUUUAAGUAAUGCCUCAGGAGUGAGGAAAGCCAAAUGGAUCAGUCCCUUCUACCUAAUAGAACCAGUCAGCGACAAUGCCUAUCAAAGAGGCUUGCAAGGUAAGUGUAAUCUGAUUAUAAACUCUGAUGUUACUGACUUGGUCCCUUCUAUUGCAGGUAACACAGAUUUGAGGACAAAUCUUUUUGAAGUGGGAGGGGAUGAUGUGAUCAUGGAAAGCACCAAGGAAUGGAAUCAUGAACCUGAUCAUGGAGAGCUCGUAGCUGUUGAAGAACCUACACUUGAAGAAUGUUUGAGCCGAAAUAAAGCUUCUAUCAUCAGAGACAACUUGAUCUACAUUCAAGCUACUCUACACUCAAGCUGAUCAUCAUCUAGGCAAGUAGCUUGUGUGUACUCUUUUCCCUUGAUUGGUUUUGUCCCACUGGGUUUUCCAAUCAAGGUUUUUAAUGAGGCCACAAGUUACUUCUCUUACCUCCUAGAUGAUUGAUCUUGGUCUGUCCACAUGAAGACCUUAUGUUAUAUAAUUUUAUCUAAGUUUUUAUGCUAUGUUUUUAUUUUCGAAAACUCUAGUCUUUGUUGUGUUUCCAAGGGAGCCUUGUCUUUAUUUUCUUUGUAUUUUCGAGACCUUGUGCAUGUACAAGGCUUCUCCUUUAUAUUCUGGUCGUGGCCCCUUGUAUCAGUAUCCAUCUUUUUAUCAAAAACCUUUGUUUUCUCUUUUCUUCUUGCUUGUCGAGUUGAUUGAGUGUUGGUGUGUAAUAUCCAACUUCUGGUGUGUAAUAUCCAGAGACUAAGGGCUCUAGUUUGGUGUGUCAUAUCCAAUCUAUUGCCUAGGAGUAUCAAGGAGCCUUUCCGCAGCCUCUUGUGUCACCAUUCGAUCCACAUACCUUGAGAAACUUGAGUCUUUUGA